GUUUUUAUAUCAGUUUGAUUUUAAAAGCAAUGGCGAGUAAACGUACACUUUUGGCUUUUCUCGGCCUUUUUAGCAUUGUGUGUAUAAAAGCCGUACCUAGUUCUAGGAUUUUAGGCGGCAUUGAUGCCUCAUCUGGCCAAUAUCCAUGGGUAACUUCUAUACGUGUUGAUGGUGCUCAUGCUUGUGUUGGAUCUAUAAUAAAUGAAGAUUUUAUUGUAACUGCCGCACACUGUGUAUCUUCGUUAGGUGCAACAUCUAUUGAAAGCUCACGCGUCACUGCCCGCGUUGGUAGUGUUAAUCAGUUUGCUGGGGGACAAAUUGUAAAAAUUAGAUCUAUUGUAAUUUAUCCCUCUUACGGAAAUUUCUUGCACGAUAUUGCUCUUUUAAAAUUAGAUCAAUCUCUGGUGUUCAAUGAUAAAAUAAAUAAAAUUUCGCUUACUACCGAUGAUGCCAUCGAAGAGGGAACUUCCGUAUUUGUCACUGGUUGGGGUUUGCAAGAAAGCGGUUCAUCUCCAUAUAAACUUCAAUAUGCAACAAUGUCCGUUUUGAGUGGCCCAGAAUGUGAACUCCAAGCUGGUUACGGUUAUGACUCCGUCAUAUGUUUGAAGCACACUGAAAAUGCUGGAAUAUGUCGAGGAGAUGAUGGAGCUGGUGUUGUUACUGGUAAUAAAUUAGUGGGAGUUGCAAGUUUUUCCUUCGGAAGUUGUGGUACUAAAUAUCCAGAUGUAUCAAGCAAAAUUUCUUACUAUCGUUCUUGGAUUAAUAGUGUCAUAGCAUAAAUUUAUUUCUAAAAACGCAAAACAAUAAUAACAAUAAAUUAAAUACAAUGAAAUAUACACAA